AUGUCAGACUCGACAAAAACAACCCCAACCGAGCCCAAGGACGACAGUAGCAACACCGCCAGCAGCACCAGCAGCACCUCCAUCCUCGGCGGCCUCCUCUCCGGCAGCAGCCUCAAGACGCCCGGCGUCAAGAACAUCGAGGCGGCGUACUCGCGCGCGGGGGCCACGAACCACCACACGCCCGGCGUGGCCAGCAAGCUGGGGAGCCAGGCCCAGGAGAGCGGCGCCGGCAACGGCGAGCACCAGGGCGUCGGGAGCCAGAAGUUCCAGGACGGCAUCAGCGACCAGCGGCAGGAGCCGUCGACAAUCGGAAAGGUGUUUAAUAAUAUGAUCAACGGGACCGAUCGGACCAAGUGA